AUGGCUUGGGAUGGAGGAAUCGAGCCCAAUGGCACAGAGGGCAAGAACUUCUACAUCCCUAUGUCCAACAGGACUGGGAUUGUAAGAAGUCCUUUUGAAUACACACAAUACUAUUUGGCAGAUCCUAUAUGGUUCAAGCUUCUAGCUUUUUACAUGUUCUUCCUGAUCUGCACCGGAACUCCCAUCAACGGUCUGACAUUGUUUGUAACGGCCCAGAACAAGAAGCUCCGGCAACCUCUCAACUACAUCCUGGUCAACCUGGCUGUGGCUGGACUGAUCAUGUGCGGCUUUGGUUUUACCAUCACCAUCACAUCUGCUGUUAAUGGCUACUUCAUUCUUGGACCCACUGCCUGCGCUAUUGAGGGAUUCAUGGCCACACUUGGAGGUGAAAUUGCUCUCUGGUCACUGGUGGUCCUGGCUAUUGAAAGAUACAUUGUCGUCUGCAAACCCAUGGGAAGCUUCAAGUUCAGUGGAACUCAUGCUGGAGCUGGAGUAGCUUUCACAUGGGUUAUGGCCUUCGCAUGCGCUGGACCUCCACUGAUGGGCUGGUCCAGGUACAUUCCUGAGGGUAUGCAAUGCUCCUGUGGACCCGAUUACUACACUCUGGCCCCAGGCUACAACAAUGAAUCAUACGUCUCCUACAUGUUUGUCGUCCACUUCUUUACUCCCGUCUUCAUCAUUUUCUUUACAUACGGAAGCCUUGUGCUGACUGUCAAAGCUGCUGCAGCCCAGCAGCAGGACUCGGCCUCCACCCAGAAAGCCGAGAAGGAAGUGACACGCAUGUGCGUCUUGAUGGUUUUCGGUUUCCUGUUAGCUUGGGUGCCAUAUGCCACUUUCGCUGGUUGGAUCUUCCUUAACAAGGGAGCUUCCUUCUCCGCCCUGACAGCAGCUAUUCCCGCCUUCUUUGCAAAGAGCUCAGCUCUGUAUAAUCCUAUUAUCUACGUGCUGUUUAACAAACAGUUCCGUAACUGCAUGCUGAGCACUGUUGGAAUGGGCGGCAUGGUGGAGGAUGAGACCUCAGUUUCUGCCAGCAAGACAGAGGUAUCCUCUGUCUCUUAAAUACAGAGACAUUUUCAUAUACCUGGACAUUUUCCUUUCUACUUUCUCUUUGAUCUGGAAUAAUCCUUGACAUGGACUGAGUGAAGUUCAGGGACGUCUGAACUACUUGUUGAACAGCUCUAGGACCAAACUAAUGAACUGCAUUUUCUCAUCAUUUAUUUAAAGGAUGUGGAAAAGUGUUUUUCAUGUCGAUGUGUAUGUGGAUGCUCACUUUGACUACCCUUGCCGUCAAAGGCACAGUUGUCCCUGAAAUCUUUCAGCUUUUUUGCACCAUUGAAUCUACAUCAGUGGGGGACACAUUUUGUACUGUAUUUUCAAAAUGAGCAACUAUGUACAAUGUUAAACCAUUUUAGUUGGUCA